AUUUCCCUGGCUCUCUCUCUCUCUUCGACGAUAACACGGGGAUUUCUGUUCAUUGCUAGCGCCGUCGUCUUCUCGCCAUCUUCUCGCCGCUGUCUGCUCGCCGAUUUUGAGCCUAGACUGGUAUUCUGGGAUUGAAAGUAUUAAAUGCAUCGGACGUGUAGACCUUACACUUGAUGGAUUUGCGGAUAUGGUUCUAUUACCAAGUGCUGGUAGAACGGAGAAUGGUACCAUGUCUCUAGUUGUAUUGACAAGUCCUGGAAAACUGCAUAUCUAUGACAAUAAUUGCUUGUCUGCCUUAAUUUCUCAAAAAGAGAAAAAGGCUUCUGCAGUUGCAUUGCAGUAUCAUAUGAUCAUACCCACUGUUGAACCAUACAUGAUUGUGGCGAAGCUUGGAUUGGUUUCUAGAGAUGGGAAGUUCUCAAAGGUUCUGUCUGAGGCUGCCUCAGCUGCAAAACUUUAUGCAGCACACACUCCAGAUAUGGGAGGUACAAAGUGGCCUCUAACUGGUGGUGUUCCCAAUCAGCUUCUUGACUCUGAAGAUUAUCACAUUGAGAGAUUAUACAUAGCAGGUUACAAAGAUGGAUCUAUUCGAGUAUGGGAUGCCACAUAUCCAGUCUUGUCACUUAUUUAUCUUUUAGGAGCUGAGGUGAAUGGCAUCAAUAUUGCUGGUACAAGUGCAUCAAUAUCAGCAUUGGAUUUCUGCUCUGAAACUUCAAGUCUUGCCAUUGGCAAUGAAUAUGGUCUGGUUCUCCUUUACAAACUAAUGCGUAGUUUAGAUGAUACGAUUUUGCACUUCGUGACAGAAACUGAAAAUGAAGGUUUGGCUUACUGUACACAGCUCUGUCUUUGUAUCCCUUUCAAUUGUCAGGUAGGAUAAGUUCUUCAUUUAAUAGUUUGCUUGAAAUUAACUAUACAAAAAGGGAGCAAGCAAAGGUGUCGAUUUGAAGGCUAGGAUGAGAAAUAGAAAAUUAACUUUUUUAUAAAUAGUAAAAGAUUUUUUAAAAACCUCAAAAGUACACAGGAUGUAUGGGACUUUUGGGGCCUUAAAGGCCUAGAGUCUAGAUAGAGAGCUUAAGAGUGAAAACGGUUGACCUAGCCAACCCAAGUCGUUAAGGAUUUCCAGGGUUGAGUGGUGGGAAUGUCAAAGGACUCACCGUCGCGUCUUUCCAAGGUUGUGUGUAAGAUGUGUGAUUUGAGCACAACACAAUUAUCAGUCUAGUUAAUCCAUAUUAAGGUUGCAUAUCAAACUGACAAUCUUCUUUCCUGGUGGCCUAAACUCAACCUCUAGCUGAGACCUAUGAAAGUUUAACUCCCAACUGCUUCCUUUACAAAUUAUGAUUUAAAUAUGAUUAGAAAAUCUGCAUGCAUAGUUGGUAUAGAAAACAUGUACGAGAAAAAUCAACAACAUUGUUGAAUACUUAUACUUUGAUUUAUUGCAUUUUGCAUUCUAUCUGGUUGGUUAUGCAUGCUAGCUAGCUUGUGUUUGAUGACAUCUCUAAAA